GUGCUGACCGGCGAGCGGCUCGCGGCGAAGGCGGUGGAAAAGUGCAGUCUUUCGCGCGCGAACGGGUUCAACGAGAUCAAGAUCUUGCACGCGAUCUCGCACCCGAGCGUCGGCCGCUUCUACGAAGCUUUCUGCAACAACCAGACCAUCAUGAUUCUGACCGAGUACUACUACGGUGGCGGCCUGAACAGCUACAUCAACCGCUUCAGCCGCUUGCGAGAGGACUGCGCGCGGACCGCGCUGUACAAGCUGUUGCAGGCGCUGCUCGUGAUCCAGCGCUACCACGUGCUGCACCGCGACUUGAAGAACGACAACAUCAUGCUGAAAAACGCGGACGACCCGACGUCGGUCGUGAUCAUUGACUUCGGGCUGUCGUCGCACCUAUACUCGAAGCAGAUUACGAUGCGCUGCGGCUCGCCGGGCUUCGUCGCGCCCGAAGUGCUGACCGACCGCCCGCUGACCGACAUGAAGUCCGACGUGUUCAGCCUCGGCGUGAUUUUUUUCACGAUGCUGACCGGCAAAGAGCCGUUCAGCGCGAAGAACAACGAAAUGACGUUGCGCAGAAACGCGAAGUGCGAAGUGCAGUUCACCGAGCCCGUGUUCGACACUCUGUCCGAGAAGUGCAAGAGCAUGCUCGCGUGGCUGCUGCAGCGCAACCCUGAAAAGAAAACACAAUAA